AUGGGCGACAGUGGGGAUUUUGAUCUGUGUGAGUGUAUCGGAAAUCAUGAGUCUGCAAUGCGUCGAUUGCUUGGAAUGCUUCGUCAGUCGCAGGCAUUCUGCGGUGAUAGCCAUUGCAUGAACGAUCUUUCACCGAUACCCCAAAGCAACAGUGAUCCUGUGUCUUCGACAAUGUUGAUACUCUGUGCGACUGUCUUCGCUGUGAUCGGCAUUAUGCUAUUCGCUAGGCCCGGCCGCAACAGCAAUGGCAAACCAGGCGGUUCCAACAGGGUGAGCGUUACUUCGUGUCAGCAUCUAACUUUCAAUUUUUGCUCUACAACAUACAGGCGGCUGUGGCCGUUAGUUUUGGGACCGGAAAGUGAUAUUUUUAUUCAUGCCCACCGUUUUUCCAAUUGAUUGCGUACACCAGGCGCAUGGUCUUUCCUGUGGUCGUCACGGUAACUGGCAUCCGUACCAAUUAGUACUAUCGCAUUCGCAGUGACGAGCCCGAGGGAUGCAUGUA